UUUGUGUGUGUGUGUGUGUGUGUGUGUGUGUGUGUGUGUUUGCACAUUUGUGCAUUCACAGUUCUUGGGGCAGCAUGCAUGUGUGUGCAGCUGUGAUUAGUGAAUGUCAGCGGCACUAUGAGUAUUGUAAUGGAUGAGGCAGGCAUGAGGUCCCCAGUGAGAGUCUCAUGGUGUAUAAAACCAGCUCGUUCCUGGACACAAACAGACACUCCUAACACUUGGAUGUGCAUCUACCACAGCACCUAGCACUGGACAGGGACAGUUCUAUGUUGUGUAGCAAAGCUGUGGGUUUGGCUCUUUACCGGUCUCAACGUAAGGACAGGAGUUGCUGGUAGUGAUCAGAAGUGGAAGAGCGGACUUUGAUGAACAGAAAUAUCAGAGGAAUUCAUUCAUAUUAUUCAUCUUGAGGAUUUUGCUCAAAAUAUGGAGGGUCCUCAUCUGACCCGGAGCUGUGAACUAUCUCUGCCCUGCUGUGCAGAUGGGGGGUCACUGUCGAGCGCCAAGGCCCCCCAGGUCAGUGGGGUAAGAGUUCAGCUGGAGAUGCAUGCACUUUGGCAGCAGUUUGACCAGCUGGGCACAGAGAUGAUUGUUACCAAAGCUGGAAGGAGGAUGUUUCCAACGUUCCAGGUGCAAAUCUCCGGGAUGGAUCCUGCUGCUGAAUACGUCCUGCUCAUGGACUUUAUUCCUGUUGACGAUAAAAGAUACAGCAGAUAUGCUUUCCACAGCUCAUCCUGGUUGGUGGCGGGGCGAGCAGAUGUUGUAGCCCCUAGCAGGAUGCAUUUCCACCCAGACUCGCCUGCCUGUGGAGCUCAGUGGAUGAAGCAGACCGUAUCUUUCGACACUCUCAAGCUCACCAACAACCUGCUGGAUGACAAUGGACAUAUGAUACUGAACUCCAUGCAUCGCUACCAGCCACGCUUCCAUGUGGUGUAUGUGGAUCCAGCUCCCAACAGUCACUUAAAUGCAUACAGGAACUUCUGCUCUUUUUCCUUCCCCGAGACACGCUUCAUGGCCGUCACUGCCUAUCAGAACCACCGGAUCACCCAACUAAAAAUUGCUAGCAAUCCAUUCGCUAAAGGCUUCAGGACGACAGACCCCCAGGACCGGGUGGGUUAUUCUGGACCCCUGACGGUGUGGUGUCCACCAGAGGGCAGAGCUGAGCCUCUCACCACCAAACCUGGAGAGCAGAGAUGCUGGGCCUCAAAGACCUUGACAAGACAGGACGACCCAGCCUCGUUGUUGGUGGAGCAGCAGUGUGGACUGUUCCACCACUGUAAAGACUCUGAGGGACUCACCACGGAGAAGAAAGAUGGCGACAGCAUGUUAGCACCUGCUUCCUUCCUCCCUAUUCCUUCCUACUGGGACUGUCCAGGAUCAUCUCAAGAGAGAAGCAGCCUGACAUAAGGAAAGAGAAGCAAACCGAAGGAGCUUUGAAUUGAAUUUUUUUGACUGACUGCUUGCUUCCUCGUUUGAUGUCAUACAAGUUUGAUUUAUGUUUUAUUUAUUAAUGAUAAAUGCAUAUAGCUUGUGGUCACCCUCACAGAAUUUAAUUUAUUGGGACACUAUCCAUCAAAACCAUAAUAUUCAUGGCAAUAUGAUGGAUGCACUAUAAUGACGCUAUAUGCUAGAUAAUACAACAGCAUACAGGAAAAUACAAUGUAGUACUUUGGGCUGUGAUGACCCUACAAACUCACAGCUGAGAACACAAAACCUUUUAAGUCUCACAUGGCAAUUUCUCAUCUUAACAUUUGUGCAACUACACCUGUCUGUUGCCUAAAAUAAUAAAGUGACACUUUGAAAUCUUUGUCUCUGUUUUUUCCCCCCUAAAUGUAGACUAUAAUAAUGAAUCAGAUGCAAACAAUAUGGCCUUUGUUGUAGCUGUUCUGGGUGAGAGCAGGUAACAAUGCCUAAAAUGCAUACCGUCUCUCUAAUGGGAACAGAAACGGCUGUGAUCCGUGAAAACUUCAUUACCCAGAAUACCGAGUGCCACAAUGUUAUUUCCGGAAGAAGCGGCGAGAGCCAUGACGUGAGAGUGACUCUGCCUUCAAAUUAAAGUAGGCUACAUUUAAAAAAAAAUGUAACAAUAUAUAAUGUAUGGUGUGUA